AGAAGUCAAUAAAGUACGCUCGCAGCCUGGAAGCCGGCCCCUAUAUUUGUCAUUUCCGCUGCGACGUCUCUCUCUCUCUGUCAGCUGCUAAAGCUUUGGACUUGGAAUCGCUCAGGGAUCGGAGCCGCCUCUCAUCUUCACAUUGGUGUUCUUGAAGAAAUAUCUUCCCUCUACUGUUGCGAGCUUUGCCUUUGAUUCGCCUGGCCUGUCAAAAAUGGUGAAAUUCUCAGCCGAUGAGCUCCGUAGAAUUAUGGAUUUGAAGCAUAAUAUACGUAAUAUGUCGGUUAUUGCACAUGUUGAUCAUGGGAAGUCCACCCUUACUGAUUCUCUAGUGGCUGCUGCCGGUAUUAUUGCACAGGAAGUUGCUGGAGAUGUCCGAAUGACAGAUACAAGACAGGAUGAGGCUGAGCGAGGUAUUACUAUUAAGUCUACUGGUAUUUCACUCUACUAUGAGAUGGCAGAUGAAGCUUUGAAGAACUUUAAGGGAGAGCGCCAAGGGAAUGAAUACCUCAUCAAUCUUAUUGAUUCUCCUGGGCACGUCGACUUCUCAUCUGAAGUGACAGCUGCUCUUCGUAUUACUGAUGGUGCACUUGUCGUGGUUGAUUGCGUUGAAGGCGUUUGCGUUCAAACAGAAACCGUCCUUCGACAGGCCCUUGGAGAAAGGAUUCGACCUGUCUUGACAGUGAACAAGAUGGACAGGUGUUUUCUCGAGCUCCAGGUCGAUGGAGAGGAGGCUUAUCAGACAUUCCAAAGAGUUAUCGAGAACGCAAAUGUCAUCAUGGCCACAUAUGAAGAUCCCCUGCUUGGUGAUGUCCAGGUUUACCCUGAGAAAGGUACAGUUGCCUUUUCUGCUGGGUUGCAUGGAUGGGCUUUCACUCUUUCUAACUUUGCCAGGACGUAUGCUUCCAAGUUCGGUGUUGAUGAGGCUAAGAUGAUGAAAAGACUUUGGGGUGAGAAUUUUUUCGACCCUGCCACUAAGAAAUGGACCACCAAAAACACUGGUUCUCCAACUUGCAAGCGCGGAUUUGUGCAAUUAUGUUAUGAACCUAUCAAGCAGAUCAUCAACAUUUGUAUGAAUGAUCAAAAAGAUAAGCUCUGGCCUAUGUUACAGAAGCUUGGUAUCACCAUGAAGUCCGAAGAGAAAGAUUUGAUGGGGAAGGCACUGAUGAAACGUGUUAUGCAAGCAUGGCUUCCUGCUAGCGAUGCUCUCUUGGAAAUGAUGAUAUUCCACCUUCCAUCUCCUGCCAAGGCUCAAAAAUACCGCGUGGAGAACUUGUAUGAAGGUCCGAUGGAUGAUCCAUAUGCUAAUGGUAUAAGAAACUGCGACCCUAAAGGGCCUCUCAUGCUCUAUGUGUCUAAGAUGAUACCUGCAUCUGAUAAGGGUCGAUUCUUUGCUUUUGGUCGUGUAUUCUCCGGUAAGGUCUCGACAGGUUUGAAGGUCAGAAUCAUGGGACCCAACUAUGUCCCAGGAGAGAAAAAGGACUUGUACGUUAAGAGUGUACAGAGGACUGUUAUUUGGAUGGGCAAGAAACAGGAAACUGUGGAAGACGUGCCUUGUGGAAACACAGUUGCUAUGGUUGGUCUUGAUCAAUAUAUUACUAAAAAUGCAACUCUUACCAAUGAAAAAGAAGUUGAUGCUCAUCCAAUUAGAGCAAUGAAGUUCUCGGUCUCACCUGUUGUGCGUGUGGCUGUCCAGUGUAAGGUUGCUUCUGACCUGCCCAAGCUCGUUGAGGGUUUGAAACGUUUGGCCAAAUCUGAUCCUAUGGUUGUCUGUACAAUUGAGGAGUCUGGGGAGCAUAUUAUUGCUGGUGCUGGAGAACUCCACCUUGAGAUAUGUUUGAAGGAUUUGCAGGAAGAUUUCAUGGGUGGUGCUGAAAUUGUAAAAUCUGAUCCAGUUGUGUCCUUCCGUGAGACUGUUCUGGUGAGGUCUUGUCGCACUGUUAUGAGUAAAUCUCCUAACAAGCACAACCGACUUUACCUGGAAGCUAGACCCAUGGAAGAGGGACUUGCCGAGGCCAUUGAUGAUGGACGUAUUGGUCCAAGGGACGAUCCAAAGAUUCGUUCCAAGAUUUUAUCGGAGGAGUUUGGUUGGGACAAGGAACUUGCAAAGAAAAUAUGGUGCUUUGGUCCUGAGACUACCGGCCCCAACAUGGUUGUUGACAUGUGCAAGGGUGUUCAGUACCUGAAUGAAAUUAAAGAUUCUAUUGUUGCUGGAUUUCAGUGGGCUUCUAAGGAAGGUCCUCUGGCUGAGGAAAACAUGAGAGGGAUCUGCUUUGAAGUUUGUGAUGUGGUUCUUCAUGCUGAUGCUAUUCACAGAGGAGGAGGCCAGAUAAUUCCAACUGCUAGGAGGGUUAUUUAUGCUUCCCAGCUUACUGCCAAACCUCGGCUUUUGGAACCGGUAUACCUGGUAGAGAUACAAGCACCCGAGCAGGCUCUUGGCGGUAUUUAUAGCGUUCUGAACCAGAAACGCGGGCACGUGUUUGAAGAAAUGCAGAGGCUGGGUACUCCAUUAUACAACAUCAAGGCUUACCUUCCUGUCGUCGAGUCUUUUGGUUUCUCGGGUAACUUAAGAGCUGCUACGUCAGGACAGGCCUUUCCUCAGUCCGUGUUCGAUCAUUGGGACGUGAUGUCGUCUGAUCCGCUGGAAUCGGGAUCCCAAGCUGCACAGCUUGUCACUGAUAUCCGUAAGAGAAAGGGUUUGAAGGAUCAGAUAACACCUCUUUCUGAGUAUGAAGACAGGCUAUGAGCAAUCAUACUUUCAGCUUGGUGACAGAUUAAUUUUCUGAAAAUAAACAGUACUGUGUAAUAUAUGUAACUUUAGGUGCAAAAUUACGCGUGGCAGAAGAGGGAAGUGAAGUGAAGUGAGAGUGAUCACGAGCCGAAAUUUUUUUCUCGCGUGAUGAGAUGGCACACGAAGUUUAAAGCAUAAAUAAAUAAAUUAAAUAUUUGCGUGAUGCGUUAUA